CGCUCACAUGGCCGCGUGCGGUCGCUGAGAGCCGCGGGCGGACUGCCUUGUACGUCGCUCCUAUCGGGUUUGUUGGGGGUGAGUGCGGCUCUUUGUCGCCUGGUUUCUCCGCGGUUUAGCUGCGCUGCUGACGCUUAGCAGCGCUGGAGUUGUGAAAGGCUGAGAGCAGAACGUCAGGCAGAGGCUGUGGGGUUUCAUCGCCUCCCCUCCCUCUCUCCCAGCCCCUACCCUCCUCUUCCUCAUCUUCGUCGUCCUCCUCCUCCCUCCGUCCUCGCGGGGGCUCCUCUUGUUCCCACUGCUGUCGCGUGUCCGCCUCGACUCACCCACACACGUCGUGUCCGCACCUUCAGCAGCAUGUAAGGCUGCGCCGCACAGCGCACGGGGUGUGUCUAGUGUGAUUCCGAUUCCGAGUGGUCGUACUGGUGGAAGGGGAGAGGAGAGGAGAGGAGAGGGGCGCCUUGUUCUGCGCGGAGAAGGGAGGACACUUCAAAGAGAGGGGCUUCGAUCUGACCAGAGUCCCGUCUCCCCGACCCCGAAUCCCACCCUGCAACCGCUCUUCGGCAUGGUGUGUGGGGACCCAAGUGGGUUCGGAAAUGCGCCGUAUUUGUUCGAGCAAUGAGCCUGACAGACAUGUCUGGUAACUUGCCCAGAGCCAUGCAGCUGAGAUUGCAGGCUCAGAGCACCGAUAACCUGGACACUUCUGGGGAGCCCGCAACCCGCUCAGUUGGCACCACUGCCAACUUGAAGGGGAAAAUGAGCAAGAGGCUGUCUGUUGUGAAAGGCCACUUCCCCAAGCUAGCGGACUGUGCUCACUUCCACUACGAAAAUGUGGAUUUCGGAUCCAUUGAGUUGCAGUUUGCCAACGAGCAGAACGAUGCCGGCUGGAGCUGUGGCUCUGCCAAGGACCUGGUCUUCCUCGUGCAGGUGUCCUGCCAGGGCAAGUCGUGGAUGGUGCGCCGCUCCUACGAGGAGUUCCGGACGCUGGACGCUCACUUGCACCAGUGCAUCUACGACCGGCGCUACUCUCAACUCUCGCCGCUGCCGGCGCUCAGCGAGAUCGGCGCCCGGCUAGAGGUACUCUCUCCUCUGCUGACCGAGUACCUGAGCCGCCUCUCCAUGAUCGUGGACAACAAGCUCAACUGUGGGCCAGUGCUCACAUGGAUGGAGAUUGACAAUCACGGCAACAGGUUCCUGCUGAAAGAGGAGGCAUCGCUGAACGUUCCUGCCAUCGCUGCAGCUCACGUGAUCAAGCGCUAUACAGCCCAGGCCAGUGAUGAGAUCUCCAUCGAGGUAGGAGACAUCCUCUCAGUGAUCGAUAUGCCGCCCAAGGAAGACACCAGCUGGUGGAGAGGAAAGCACGGGUUCCAGGUGGGCUUCUUCCCCAGCGAAUGUGUGGAGCUCAUCAACGAGAAGGUGUCCCACUCGGUCAGCGCUGCGUCGGCUAAAGAUGGAGACUCCAGCAGCACGAAGCCAGGAGCUGUGGCCACACCCCCCUCCCCUACGUCAGUGUCCAAGAAGCAUGGCAAGCUGAUGGGCUUCCUCCGCACCUUCAUGAAGUCGCGACCCACCAAGCAGAAGCUGAAGCAGAGGGGCAUCCUCAAGGAGCGGGUGUUCGGCUGCGACUUGGGAGAGCACCUGCUGAACUCUGGGAAUGAUGUUCCACAGGUCCUGAAGAGCUGUUCCGAGUUCAUCGAGAAGUAUGGCGUCGUGGACGGGAUCUACAGGCAUUCCGGUGUCUCCUCCAACAUCCAGAAGCUCAGGCACGAGUUUGACAGUGAGAAUGUGCCUGACCUGACCAAGGACGUGUACAUGCAGGACAUCCACUGCGUGGGUUCUCUGUGCAAGCUCUACUUCCGAGAGCUGCCCAACCCGCUGCUCACCUACCAGCUGUACGACAAGUUUGCAGACUGCAUGGGGACCAUGACGGAGGAUGAGCGCAUGGUGAAAGUCCACGAUGUCAUUCAGCAGCUCCCCCCACCCCACUACAGGACCCUGGAAUACCUCAUGAGGCACCUGUCCCAGCUGGCCACCCACAGCACCAGAACCAACAUGCACAUCAAGAACCUGGCCAUCGUGUGGGCACCCAACCUGCUCCGGUCCAAGGAAAUUGAGGCGGUGGGCCUGAGCGGUUCCGAUCCGUUCAAGGAGGUGCGAAUCCAGUCGGUGGUGGUGGAGUUCCUCCUGAGCAACGUGGAGGUUCUCUUCAGCGACUCGUUCACCUCUGUGGGCCGCUUCAACGCAGACCGGCACUCCCUGUCCAGGCCCAAGUCCUUUGUGUCUGCCAAGCUGCUCUCCCUCGAGGAGGCUCAGGCCAGGACACAGGCUCCCCAGCUCCUGAAGGGGGCGCCACUCUCAUUUCAGGGCAGGUUCCACACUGUGCUGGAUUUGCCUGCCAACAGGGGGAAGAGGGCGAUGAAGGGACGGAAGUCAGCGGGAGGAAGCUGGAAGACGUUCUUCGCCAUCGGGAAGCCGGCUGGAUCAGGCCGCAGAAAGCCCAUGCGGAUCAGCUCCCUUUUCCAGCCAGCCACCUCGCACGCUGGUUGUCGAGUGGACAGCGUUACUCUGCGGUCAGCAAAGAGCGAGGAGUCUCUGUCGUCCCAGCACAGCGGAGCAGGGCAGACUAAGCUCCAGCGGCUGCGGAGGCCCCGAUCCAGUAGCGACGGUCUCUCUCUGGCCGCAGCCGCCGAGCCCCAACUGCUGCCUCAGCGCCCUCCCUCCCGCCUACCCAGCAGUCGCUCCUAUGACAGCCUUCUCCCCGAGGAAUCCCGAGCCCCAGAAGAAGAAGAGCCCGAUGAAGAGGGUGACGACGAGGAGGAUGAUGACGAGGAAGGUGUCUAUAUGCUGCCCGAUUUCUCACAGGACCCCACCUCAUCCUGGAUGGCGGAGGACGUCAUUGACUUCAGCCCCACCUUCCUGGAAGACGGCCCAAUUGGGCUGGGCAGCGUAGCAGCUAGUGGCCGGGAGUCCCCACCUGCAGCCACGCCUCCUCCGUACCGUUGCAUUAGUCACCAGGGUGCGGCGCACUCCCGCUCCCAGAGCCAGAGGUCGAUCACUGAGGAUCCGGACUCUGUUCUCAACCAAUCGGAAGCAGCGGCUCGCAGGAGCCUCAUUCUGGCCGCAGCAGUGCCCUCCACCCAGGUCUUCUGCCAGCACAAGUCCUCUGGCACCAGCCCAUCGGCCCACUCGGGGGAAGCGAGCAGCAGCCCAUCCCACGGGCAGCCUGGGGCCACAUCCUCAUCCUCCUCCUCUCACCUACCCCAGGAACGGCGCUCGUUCACCCGCAAGGUUGUGAACGCGCUUUCUCCUAAAGCACCAAAGUCACCGCCACUGGACAUCUCCGACCCCAUUGCCAUCAGUGUUCCUGCCAAGGUCUUGGAGAUGAUCGGGGGCCGUGCAGGUGAGCUGCAGCCUGGUGCUCCGGGUGCUGGGCCGUCUCAUCCACCUCAGAUGAUAUCAAUGCUGCUAAGAUCAUGUGACUUCCAGCUCACGGAGAGCUGCCAGCAGGAAAUACGCAGCAAACUGGGCCCUGAGAUCAAGGUCAAGGGCCAAAGUGUGAUUUUGCCCACAGGCCAUGGUCUGCCUUCACAGCAGCCACCACCACCUCCACCCAAGAACCCAGCGCGUCUCAUGGCCCUGGCCUUGGCCGAGAGUGCCAACAAGGCCCUGCGGGAAGGGGCCACGCCCCCCUACCGGCCCCCUCAGUCCCAGGAGUCCCGUGUCCACAGGUCUCUGUCUGCUGACGCUGACGAAGCACUCUCCUCACCCUUAGAGGCCAACCAGCUGUACUCCACAGUGCGCCCUCUGGCUGCCUGGAUGCCUGAGGCAGAGAACACCACUACUGACCUGCAGGAGGUGGAGCAACAGCAGGAAAGGAGGAGUCAGGACCAGGAUACUGGCACGCUAUCUUCCCAGACAUCAGCUUCAGAGUCUGGGGCCUCUAAUUCUGAGGUGUCAGCUGGUAGUUCUUCAGGGGAAAUGGACCCAUCUCCCGGCUCCAUCUACAAAAACCAGCAGCAGCAGCAGCAGCCGCCAGCACCACCCAAAGAGCAGCCGAAGAAAACCGGCCCGCUUCCAGAGGAGCAACCUCUUAGCACCGAAGCACAGUCUCAGAGGAAGCCCCCCACCUACUCACGCCAGUUCUCUGCCCCCCCUAGCCAGAAUAAGGCCCCUGCCCAGCCUCAGCUCCUGCAUUCUAAGUCUGAGUGCUCACCGCUGGCCCAAGUGCGUGCCUUCCAGCCCCCCCGGCCCAAGGUGCCCCCUAAACCACUGGAGCUGGCCCCCUUCCGAGUGCCCCUCUCCCGGGCUGAUAAUUAUAUGCGUCGUUCUCUUGACGCUGCUCGAAUCCGUCGCAUCAUCACCCAUUCUCAAGGCCCACCUGUUGCUCCGCUGUCCAGAGCCUACUCAGAACGCUUGAGCAGCACAUCGGACAUGUCCCGGUACCACAUGUCUCGACCACCUAGCCACCCAGCCCCUGCUUCCGUCUCGGCCCAGCCUCCGCAACCCUCUCAUUUUCGACCUGCCCCAGCCUCUGAGGACCAGAGCAAGAUGGAAAAUUUCUACUAUGAAAUUGGUGGACCUGAGCACCCACCAGCCCCCCCCAGCUAUGCCCGCCACUGCUACCAGAAUAUGAGGCUCGACGCGGAGGGCAAUUACCGACCUGCCAGUGUGGACGUAAGCCAGCAGCCACUUUCUAGAGUCCUCUAUCAGCAGCAUGGCCUGCAUCCCAGGCACGUGGCUAUGAUGGGUCGAGCUCCCCAGCUGUGGUCCUCUGAAACUACCCGUGCCUGGUCAGCAGCUCACCCGUUUUCUUACUCCUUCUCCCACCACCAUCACCACCAGGACAGUUCCCCACUCCACCAGUCGCUCCGCCAGAUGUCCUCUUCGGUGCGGCUGCCCUCGGGCUCUGCUGCUGGUGUUCCCCUUUCAGUCCACCAGCGCAGCCUGCACAGGUCACAGCGCUCCCCCUCUGCAGACCUCACCACCUCCCAGCUCCACCCCUACUUUGAGAACGGGAAGGUGUGUUACAGGCACGUGGAUGCCCCUCGGGCAGAGGAUCAGCGGCCCCUCGUCCAGCUGCAGCCCCAGCUCUCUGCAACUCGGUGCUCUCCUCCUCCAGCAGCCCUGUGGCAGCCACCCAAACAACAGGACAAUCCAGAGCCCAUCUACGUCAACUUCCCCUUCUGCAGCCCUCCAGCAGCCGGCAGUGCCAAGAGCUGGAUCACCACAGACCUUGAUGGAGACACCCAGCAGUCCUCUGACCCCCUGGCUCUGCCUCCAGAACCUCCCCCUGAGGACAAGUGCGAGUCUUCACAUGCUGACUCUGAGCCAGAGAAUCCCAAAGGGCCCUUGUCAGGCGAUUACGACAGUCAAGCUCAGAGAGACGGGGCCCAGGACAGCCCGAGUCCCGAAGCGACGCCAGCAGAAGGGCACUUUCGGAGCCGCUCGGACCCCCAGAGCACCACUACAGAACCGAACCAGAACCUGACAGGGAAGGAGAUUGCGUCACUGUUAAUCGAGAAGCUGGCAGAGGACGAGGCGGAGGGUCCCUGUGCCAUCACCUCCUCGUCAGCCUCGUCGUCCCCCCCACCGGAGAACCCCCCAAACCCUUACCCCAGUCAGCAGCAGCCUACGUACAACGUCUAUACACCAGGCCCUUCCCGCAGUCAUUUUGAGGGCGAAAUGGCAGGCUCCCAGUGCCCAGACCCCCUGCGAAGGUCCGCCUCCUCAGGCGGGCAUUACCGUCAAGCCUUCGAUGUCAUGCCGUCAGGUGACCAAGUGCUCAAGUUCUACCGCAUGCAGGAUUUUACCCCAGUCCCCCAAGGAAAUAACCCCAACCCCUACCCGGCCCGACAUCAUUACCAGGACCCGCUGUACCCCAGCUGUGCUCCGCAGGAGCCUCACCACCAUUACACCAGCCAGACGCCUACAGAUGUUCCCCACUCCUCCACUGCUGGCAUGUUCUCGCACCUGACACUUGGAGCACCAAGAAUGUACAGUGCCCAGGCAAUGGGGUACCAGGCAGUCCCACACCCGCACGGUCCGUACCCACUCCAGCCAGUGCCCAUGCUGGCCCCAUACCCCGGUGCACCACGCCGAGACCUGGUUUUGGACCCUUCGCUCCGACAACCUGGGCUUCGAAAUCAGAGAGGUCUUGCCCGGCAGGGAAGCCUUCCUGGGCCCAAUUGGACUGUCCAUUCCGAGGGGCAAACACGCAGCUACUGCUGAGCAGGCAGCACGAGGGCACAACGGUGAGCAGAUGAGCUUCCAUCACGUUGUUAGCCAGACUGCGUGAGGACUGAAGCUGUGGAAAAUGUGCACGAGGGAAGAGAGAGACUAAGGCAGGCCUUUUGACCUUAGUCUGAGACCGUGGAAUCCGUACCUUACUGUGUUUGGUCUCCUCAAGGAGAACAAUGAAAGGAUGACUGUGUUGGUGAUGAUGAACUGAAGGGUGAACCGAAAAGUAGCUUAGAUUUGGACACAUUCCUGGAGAGAGGUGCGUGCAGAGCUCUGAGAGGUCAAUAGCUGCUAUACUUUUUUUUUUAAACAGAGUACCACGGUAAUAUUCUGUACAAUAUUAUUUUCUGUACUUGACAUUGGCUUUCGAUUCCUUGAGUUGAUUUCAUUCUUGUACAUAUUAGCGAAGGAUGAACAAGAUUGUACUGCAAGAAAAGCAGCUUUUAAUAUAUAUUUUUUGCUUUUGAA